CCGGCGCCACGGCAGUCAGCAGUGGGCGAGCCAUGGCGCUGGUACGAGUUGUGGCAUCUGUGGUGGCGGCCGUCGUGCUGGGGCAGCGCGCCGCACUUGCAGAGGGCGCCUACACCGUGCCGGAGCCCCACAUACAGGCGCUCAGGCCCAAGGGGGUCCGCUUCUCCAUACCAGACGAGCCUGGCGUGGAGUUGUUCGCGGUGCACGCCAACAUCAACAAGGAGAUGCGCGACCUGGAAGCUGGACAGUUGUCCGCCGACGUGUUGCGACCGCGCGACGGCCGCUGGGUCUUCGAGGACCACAAGACGGCGCUCCGACCCGGCGACCGCAUCAACUACUGGCUCUACGUUAAGCACGGCGGUCUGGGAUUCCGCAGGGACGGCGGCACCUUCACGGUCACAGAGCUGGUGGACAAAAACGCGCCAGCAUCUCCUCCGUUGGGCUCAUCCCAGCACUGCCCCCAGGGUUGCUCCCAUGAGGGAGUCAGCGGCGGCGCGGUCGACCCGCUGACGGAACAGCGGCUGCGCCACGCAGAGGAGCUGCACCAGCAGCGCAUGCGGCACGCUGAGGAGCUGCACAGAGAGCGGCUGCACCAGCUGCAGCUGCAGCAGCAGCAGCAACAGCAGCGCGCCGGACACGGCCCUGACGGCGUCGGCCCCGGUGCGGACGUGCAGGACGUGUCGGCCUUCAAGCGCAUCGGCAGCAGGCGCUGAUCCCUGCCCGCUGUCCGCCAACUGUCCCAACACAGCCGGUUCACAGUACUGAUCCAAAAUGGGAAAGGACUGGUGGUUUUUAUUUCUCUCAAAAAGAGCUCGAAAUACCUUACAAUAACAUUUUAAUAAAACAUGAGGAUAAAACUUGAA